AUGGCCUUUGCUCGUCCUUCUUUUUCUUCUUCCUUCUUGCUCGCUUCCAUCCGUCGUCCUCACACUCUCCAAUCCAUCGCAUCUCAACCAAAACUAUCCAGGUCGUUUCACAAGACUUCGCCCAUCAUGUCUAACGUUUACUUCGAGGUCGAGUACACCGACAAGAACAACUCUGUUCAGUCUGGCCGCAUCAACUUCAAGCUCUAUGAUGAUGUUGUGCCAAAGACCACUGCCAACUUCAGGGCCCUCUGCACCGGCGAGAAGGGCUUCGGAUACGCUGGCUCUGGUUUCCACCGUAUCAUCCCAGGCUUCAUGAUCCAAGGUGGUGACUUCACCCGUGGAAAUGGAACCGGUGGAAAGUCCAUCUACGGUGAGAAGUUCGCCGAUGAGAACUUCAACCGCAAGCACGACCGCCCCGGUCUCUUGUCCAUGGCCAACGCCGGCCCCAACACCAACGGCUCUCAAUUCUUCAUUACCACCGUUGUCACCUCCUGGCUUGAUGGAAAGCACGUCGUCUUCGGCGAGGUCGCUGAUGACAGCUCUAUGGAGAUCGUCAAGUGUCUCGAGGCCUGCGGCAGUGCUUCCGGCUCCAUCAAGACCAGCCACAAGCCCUGCAUCAAGAGCUGCGGUGUCUUGUAA